UGUAUGCGUAAUAUAAGUCUCACACCAAUCGAUAAAUAAAAAAUAUAUUUAUUUAGUUAAAAAGAUUGUGAAAUACAAAAACAUUAUUCGAAGAAUAUUUUUGUCAAAUAAUAAUUAAUUAUAUUUAAAAGGUGUGUUAGAAAUAAAACCUUUUUUUAUAUUCUAUUGACAUUGUAUCGUUACGUUUUAAGUUACCUUAGAAACAAUAUAACAAGAAUGGAGAAAACCCGUUAUUUUUUUAUUUAACUCCUUAUAUUUUUUAGUUUCUCAUUUUGUACUGUUGAAGAAUUAUUACUAACAUACCUAUUCAGAUACUCAAAAAAGAGCUCGACGACGCUAUUAAGAAACGAGCACAUACUCGAAGAGUUUUUAUGAGAUCCGUGAAACAGCUCGAAUUUAUCAAAGAUAUAGCUCAGGAUCACGGCCGAGUUUCAAUAUUUGAAGGGGAAGUUUGAAGAGCUCAGAGGUCUUGAUGAUAUAAUAAUGAGAUUGAACAUCGAUGGUACUGACGAGCAAUAUGCGAAGGAGUUCGACGAGUGCGAGUCCUAUGUUAAAAGCUUCUACACUAUCAAAUGUAGAGUAGAAAAUCUUCGAAUAGAAGGUAGCAGACCAUCAGCAUCGAGGGUCAAGCAGCAACGGCGGAACAUAACGCUGCCGAAAAUUGAGCUGACUAAGUUUGACGACAACACUAAAACUUGGUUGUCUUUUUGGGGCCAAUUUAAGAAGAUCGACGAAGACGAUACGCUGGAGUCAGAAGACAAGUUCCAAUACCUCAUCCAGGCAAUGAAAGAUGGUUCAAAGGCACGCGAAUUGGUCACGAGUUAUCCUCCGUUAGCGGAGAACUAUAAAAAGGCCUUGGAACAGCUGAAAGGUAGAUUCGCCAAAGAAGAGAUUCUGAUCGACACGUAUGUCAGGGAGCUGUUAGGUUUAGUUUUGUGUCAGGCCAAGGGUAAUACCAUGGGUAUAAGAUCGCUGUACGAUCAAUUAAUGACGCAUCUUAACGCUUUAGAAUCGCUUAAAGUCACUAAAGAAAAGUAUGAAGCGAUGUUGUAUCCAUUGGUAGAAUCCGCCUUACUAGAAAAUAUUUUAAUGGUUUGGAGUAGGGAAAAGAUUGUUAUUGACGAUAGCAAGUUAACGCAACUUUUAGAAUUCUUGAUAAGAGAGGCCGAAGCCGAGGAACGAAUUAAGUUAACUCGCGCUAAUUUUAACACUUAUAUUCCCCCAAGCAGCUUAGACAUACAACCUACAGCAGCGUACAUCGUAGCUUAAGAACAGAGAUCGUCCGCAAAGUCAGGUAAUGAGUCUUGUCUUGUAUCUAAUAAAGAGAGCCCUAAAGACAUCUGCUACUUUUGUGAGAGCACAUCUCACACGGUUCUACAAUGUAAUAAGGGUUCUAAAUUAUCUUUAGACCAAAAGAAGGCUGCUGUAAAGAUAAAAGAGCUUGUUUUAUUUGUCUUCGUAAAGGUCACGUAGCUAAAUACUGCAAGGCGUUUAUAAAAUGUUUAUCUAGUGGUAAACGUCAUGUAGUGAUUUUCUGUCCAGACCUACACAGUAAAGACAAACAAAAAGGCUCAAAUGAAGCCGUAGCUCUCUUAUCCAGUAAAAGUGUCAAUGUUCUUUUACAGAUGUUAGUAAUACAAAUUUCAUUAAACGGUAAACAAAAAAAGAUACGCGUUUUGUGUGAUACUGGUUCGCAACGGUCUUAUAUAAGAAAGAGCAUUGUAGAUGAGCUAAGCUUAAAGGUAGUAGGUACGGAGAAAUUAGGGUACUCACUUUUUAGCGGUGUGACUAAACCAGCCGAACUCCAUAACCUUAUCGAAGUGUGUACCAGUAGUCUCGACUCAUCUUUUACUACUACGAUUAUAGGCGUAGAGCUCGACAACAUAUGUGGAUAUCUACCUAAAGCGGAAGAUCCCAAACUAAAGGCGAAAUUACGAGCAUUAAAUAUAACUAUCGAUGAUAUUGAAUGUGAUGUAAGCGACAUCGAUUUGUUAUUAGGGGCUGAUUAUUUAUCAUAUGUACGGGUACUAUAGUUCAAUUAGAAGGGGCUUUAGUUGCAAUUAAAACUAAAUUUGGAUGGACUUUACAAGGUCCUAAUUUAUAUAGUGCUACUCAUAGUUCAUUGAGUUUUGUCUGUCAUGCUCAGAAUAAUUUGUCUGAUUUGUGGGAUAUAGAGGUUCUAGGUAUUAUGGAACCACAUGAGCAGAUUCGCAAAGAUAAAAAAAGGAAGAAAUUUUGUUUCGGUUUUCGGAAAAUAUUAUCUUUAAACAAAAGACGGGUUAUUUAUUAGACUAUGAUGGUGUUUUUCAGAAUUGGUUAGAGGAAGAUAUCAUAGAGUAUGCGGCAAACGACACUGCCGAGGGUCAUUUUCUUCCUCACCAUGGUCAUUAAGAUGUCUAGUGCCACGACCAAGGUACGACCCGUUUUUGACGCAUCGUACAAGGAUGCUCAAGGGUUAUCCUUGAAUGAUUGUAUUGAGGUAGGUACUAAUCUCAUAGAGUUAAUACCGAAACUGCUUAUAAACUUUAGAAAGGGUUUAUAUGGGGUAAAGUCUGAUAUUAAGCAAGCAUUUCUUCAGGUACUAGUUUCUGAACAAGAUCGGACCUACUUUAAAUUUUUAUGGUGG